UUAAAACAAAUAAAAUUAUAAAUAGCGCAUCAAAAAAACAAACAAACAAAAUAGAUUGAUUAGAUAGUAUAGUAUACUUAAAAUAUCAUUAAAAUGGAAUAAUCUUGGCAAUUUUAUUAUUAACUGAGUUAAGAAGCCCAACAAAAUUCUAAUCUUAUACUCACUUACUGCUUAAAGGGGUACUCUUGUCAGUUGAUGAAUGAUUAGCGUAAAAUUUUGAAACAACAUAAUGACCCUGAUGUUCACAAAUUAGAAUAAUUGUUGACAUAAAGAUUCAGUGAAAUAGAAUAAUUAAUAUAGCAAUAUCCAAAUUUAAAGAACAAGGAAUAAAACAAACAAUAAUUAAUUAGCUAGGUUUAAUCUAAUGUAGCUUAGGUUUUGUAAAGCUUAACUUAGGGUGCUUUUACUCCUAUGAAUAAGCAAAUUCUUGAAAAAAAUGUGGCAUAUAUUGAUGCUUUGCAAUAUUAUGGUCCCUUGACUUCUGAAUUGAACAAUUUGAAGAGUGUUGCAUUGUAGAAAUUAGCAUAGUUUUCAUAACCUAGAAGCUAGGAUAAUGAUAACUUUAAUGUGCCAGAAGAAGGAGGUGUUGCUUAGUUUAAUUAGAGCAAGAUAUCCAUGCAAAAUAACUAAUAAUACUUGAACAAUACUCCAAAUAAUGCUUUAAGUCCUUCCCAAUAAGAUGCUUACUAUUAAGAAGCCUUCAGCAAACUUCACAAUAGCAGGAUAAAUGAAAUGGAUUAAAGUUCAGUGAAAAGAAUUCUUGAAAUUUCCAAAGCGAUGAAUCAACUCGAUAUCAAUCAACCAAAUGUUGCUUAAAAAAUUCCCUCACAAAUAGCACCUAAAAUUGAACAAUCUCAAAGAAUAAAAAGCAUUUAUCAUCCUCCAAAUUUUGAUACUUUCAGUGCUAAGGAUGGUUAACCAUAAAACGAAAAUGUUAAUCCAAGCUUUGACAAUAGCUUUGGCACCCCUAAUCCUGACUUACUUCAAUAAUCUAAUUUUAAAAAAUUGAAUGAUUAACAAAGCAACGGAUAACUCUAUAGCAAUUUAAACAAUAACAAUAAUUUACCUUAAUCAUAAGAAUCACCCAAUAAUUAUUUCUUUAAAAACUCUUAAAACCAACAAAGCUAAAUAAAGCCUCCAUAGCAACCAGCUCCUAUAGAUAAUUUUGGAACUCCAAACCCUGAUUUUAAUCUUAACUAAUUCAAUCAAAUAAAUUAAGUCUAACAAAUUCAGUAAUAACAAUUCAGUAACUUCUAACCUGCUCCCUAACAACCUUAAUUCCCUAUUAAUAGUAAUAUUUAGCCAUCUCAAUUUGAUAAUAACUUUUAAAAUUAAGGAUUCAACAACAACAAUAAUAAUGUCCAACAAUCUAACUUUAAUAAUAAUAAUAAUAAUUUUGGAUAUCCAUUUGUAGGAUAACAGUAGUAACCUCCCAAAUAACCUUCUUUUGUUUAGUAAUAACCUCCUGCUUAAUAAUAAUAAAGUAAAAUCCCAGAUGUAGCUCCUUCUUAAUCAAAAUCAUAUCCUUUAACUGGAUAAAAGAAAUCAAAUGGUUUAAUUAAAGUGUAAAGUAAGAAGUUAGUGGAGUAAACCAUUGCUCAGAUGAAGUCUGGCUCUCUUGAAUAAGUAAAAGCAAAUCUUACUGAAGCAAUUAAAUUAUUAGACGAAGUAUAGCUCUGA